UUGGAAAAGGAAUGUGGCGGUUCAAGUAACUAUGACGUUACCAUCGCUUUGACCCUCCACAACGCUUCAGAUUCGUUUCAAACCGAAAGCGACCCGGGCAUUUUACAAGCAAUAACUACUAUCACGGUAUUUGGAAACUGGCCUCAAACUAAACUUUCAUUUUUGGAACACAUGUAUAGAUUAAGGAAUCUAAAUGUCAUAUAUAGCAAUAUACAAAUAAUUGAAGAUAAUCCUCUGAACAACCUCUUCAAUCUGGAGAGUGUAGAUUUAUCACAUAACGGCUUAACAGAUGUCGGAGAGAUAUUUGUAUUUGAAAAACCUCCAUUUAAAUUGCAUAAAAUAUCACUUGCAUAUAACGCUAUCGUCGAGAUCCCGGGCUACACGUUCGAAGAUGUGACAAGUCUGAUUGAACUGGAUCUCUCUCAUAACAUGAUUGACAACCUGAAUGACAAACCAUUCACUAAUUUGACCAAUUUAGAAACACUCAAACUAGACCACAACAGAAUAAAGAACUUGCAAGGCGCUAUGAAUAAAUUAUUUAAUCUGAAACAUUUGCAUCUUAGAUACAAUGAGCUAAAUAAUAUUGAUCUAGAAUCCUUGAAAACUAUUAAUCACUUGAAGACAUUCGAUAUAUCUGUCAAUCAUCUGGAAGAAUUGAACAAUGCAAUUUUUCUACGCCACUGGGAGCACUUCAAUGAUUAUUUUAUAUGUAAAAUUAAUCUAUCAAAGAAUAGAUUAACUUAUAUACCGAAAGCCAUGAUACUAGACGCUGGACACGAAACGCACCCCAAGAAAUCAGUUGCAACUGAACUUGACUUAUCAGGCAAUACCAUCACCGACAUUGAUUUCAACGCCUUUCAAUCAAUAGAACAUCUUAUAUCUUUGGACCUGUCAGACAAUAAACUAAUGACUUUUGAUGUAAAUCCUGAAAAUUUGAGCAAUGUUAAAUAUCUUAAUUUGAGCUGUAAUUUUCUUAGGACAUUACAGUAUAGGAGUUUUUCAUUGAUGCAUAAUUUAGAAAAUUUUGAUGUGUCUCACAAUAUGUUGGAAUAUUUCCCAGAUAAAUCCCUUAUUAACACUCACCAGCUGAGACACAUCAAUUUGACUAUGAAUGAUAUAGUUGACCUUCACAAUUUGAGAAUAACAUUUCAUCCGGAUGGAGGGGUUUUGGAUAUGUCUAACAACAGUCUGUCCGUGCUAAGGAUCCCAGUUAACGAAGCAGUGGGUUUGACUGAACUCAUAUUGAAAUCUAACAACAUAACCGAUGCAUAUCUCAUACAAUUGAAGGAUGCCCCAAAUUUGUUACGUCUGGACAUGAGCAGGAACAUAAUAUCAGGCCUAGACGAAUCCUCACUCCAGUUACCGGAGACAUUGGCAUAUCUGGAUUUGAGUUUUAAUGAAAUUCAAAGAAUUGGACCUUCAUCAUUUCAUCGCGUGCCAAAUCUUAAGACUUUAAGAUUAUCCCACAAUCGUAUACAAAAGUUACAAUACGGUUCCUUCAGCGGUUUAUCAAACCUUCUUAAUUUAGAUCUUUCAUAUAACCAAAUCGGUUAUUUGGAUUCAAAGUUAUUUAUGGAUCUGAAGUUUCUAACCAUACUCUCACUGCGUUAUAAUAAUAUGCUCAGGCUGAAUGAUGACACUUGGAUACAUCAUAAGCAGGACCUGAAGAUAUUUUUGGAUGGUAAUGAACUAUCUUGCGAUUGGUUGGCCAAGGCCCUGAACAAUUACAAUAAUGGUUACUCCAAAGUACACCCUAAAGUACUCCAGCCGGUGAUUGAAGGUAAUUCUAUAGAGGGAAUCCCAUGUACACAGGAGGUGGAAAAUAAUGAAAUUGAUCAGAAAUACGUUAUAGAUGAAAGACUAUUGAAAACUGCCCAAAAAAUAUUAGAAGCGGUACAGAAUCAAACAUCGUAUUUGAAGAAGAUAAAUUGGUUAACAAUUUUGCAAAACGCAAGAUACAACAUGGUAUCAAAUGCAAGCGUACCGGGGAAAUAA